AUGGAAAAAAAGCUGCUAGAUGUGGCGAUAAACAGCCUCUGGUUUCUUUCCCAUGUUCUAGGGGCCAUGGGCAUGGCGCUCAUGGCCCUGCUUAUUACAGUCAUCACCCACCGCUUAUUCUUUGAUCCUUUCUCUCGCAUACCCGGACCAAGAUUGGCUGCUGUGUCAAAUAUAUGGUUCGCCUAUCAUACAAGAAAUGGGGCCACUGCUGCCAUGGCUAAAAAGCUACACCGGCGAUACGGCCCGGUUGUGAGAGUUGGGCCGACAGAAGUGUGGUUUGAUACGAAAGAGGCUUUCGAUCAGAUUUACAGUGCAGGUAUCCGUGGGUAUGAAAAGUCAGACUUCUACUAUCGCCGGUUGAAUGCUGAGUUUCAAGAUAAUCUUGAUCUACUUUCUGAGAGAGACAUGCAUCGCUAUAGGUUACAACGUCGGCUCAUCGGACGAGUCUACCGGACGGCCAAUGCGGUUCGCCAUGAGCAAGCUCUCGACAGAGUCAUGGAUGAUGUGAUCAAAAAGUUCAACUCCAUCAAUGGCGCUGAUAUUGAUUUGAAGGAGUGGAUGCACAUCAUCGCCGUAGAGUCACUGGGCGCUGUGGUCCUAUCUUGGUCACCAGGGAUGAUCAAAGCCGGAACAGAUCGCGACACGAGCAACCAGAGCUACCUUGGGUGGCGCCGCAAGUCAGUAUUCGGACUUUUUCCUCUGAUAACCAAGCUCGAGGUCAACCAUAGAUGGAUUGGAAGAAUAUUUGGCAUGCUCUGGGGAAUUACAUACCAGACCCCGAAGGGUUUCAAACCCUUCUUUCCCCGGUUCAAGGACGUGGCAAAAAAGGUGGCGCGACGAAUCAAGAAUGCGUCGAAUUCGAGGACCAGUCAGAAGGAAGAUCUUCUCGCAGAUUUGAUCAGCUUGCACCAGGAAAAGCCCGAGUUCACAGAGUUGUAUCUGCGGAAAAUGGCAAUUACCAACUUUGGUGCCGGGCAUGAGACACUUGCGUCGACCCUCACGGCCGUCAUGACCAUGCUGGGAACACAUCCAGACGUGCAAGCGACCGCAAGACAAGAAAUCCGUUUUUACAAGGCGGAGAAAUCACAAAAGGCAGAAAAACCACAAAAAUCAGAAACAAUCAUCAGCUACACGGACGCGCUGGAACUCGUGUAUACUCGCGCCGUCAUCCGGGAGGCGAUGCGGCUCUACCCCGUCAUUAGCAUGGGCCUGCCGCGUGUGGUGCCCCUUCGCGACGGCGGGCUGCAGCUCCACGGCUUCCACAUACCGCCCGGUGCCACCGUGGGCUGCAACCCCGUUUCGCUGCACCGCAACCCGGACAUUUGCGGCCCGAACCCGGACGCGUUCGACCCUCGCCGCUGGCUCGCCGCUGGCAGCAGCGACGACGAGGCACGCGUCCGCGCGCUGGAGCGUUACAGCCUCAACUGGGGUGGCGGUUCGCGGACGUGUCCUGGAAGGCACGUGGCCGAAAUGAUUGUGCUCAAGUGUGUCGUGAGACUGCUCGAGCGGUUCGAGGUCCGCGGCGCCGGGCCGGCGCUCGAGGACGAGGGCCCGACCUACUUUCUGGCCAUGCUGACAGGGGUCCGCGCCCGAUUUCUGGGCAUUUGA